AUGACCGGACCAGAAACGCGAUACCCAACUCUAGAGAAGAUGGCUUUAGCAGUCGUCGAAGCAGCAAGAAAGCUUCGACCAUACUUCCAGUCACAUUCAGUGGAAGUACUGACUGAUCAGCCUCUCCGAACGAUACUCCAAAACACUAACAGGUCCGGCAGACUCACGAAGUGGGCCAUCGAACUCGAAUUGGAGCAAGACCUCGCACUCCCGAGCCCAAACUGGACACUGCACGUCGACGGAUCCUCGACUAACAAGGGAGCAGGUGCCGGAGUCCAACUACAGUCCCCGACCGGAGAGCUAAUCAGGCAAUCUUUCAGCUUCGGCUUCCCUGCAUCAAACAACGAAGCGGAGUACGAGUCUUUAAUCGCUGGACUCCGCUUAGCAAAAGUCGUAAAGGCUAAACGCCUAAGCGCCUAUUGCGACUCUCAGUUAGUCGCCAGUCAGUUCAGCGGCGACUACGAUGCCCGUAACGAUCGGAUGGACGCCUACCUCAAGAUAGAGCAAAGCUUAGCAGCAGAGUUCAAAUUCUUCGAACUCGUCAAAGUUCCCAGAGGUAAAAACGUAUGCGCCGACGCCCUCGCGGCCCUCGGCAGCAAGCUUCGGGAUCAGGUGAAACGAACCAUCCCGAUACACCGCAUCGAGAAACCGAGCAUCGAUAUCUUAACCGACCAAACCCUCGUUAUAGCCCCGGUCACCGAACCCGCUACUCUAGACGACGACGGAUUUGGUCCUGACUGGAGAACCGAGUUCAUCGACUACCUCUCAAAGGGAGAACUCCCAAAGGAGAAAUGGGCAUCCCGCCGACUAAAAACACGCAGUGCCCAUUAUGUCAUUCUCGACGACGAACUACAUCGAUGGACCGCGAGUAAAGUACUCCUCAAAUGCAUUCAUGGCGACAAGACAGCAAGGGUUAUGGCAGAGACGCACGAAGGCGCCGGCGGAAAUCAUUCGGGCGGACGUGCACUAGCGAUCAAAGUAAGAAGCUUAGGCUUCUUUUGGCCGACGAUGAACGCAGAUUGCGAGUCUUACGCGAGAUGCUGUGACAAGUGCCAACGGCACGCACCUAGCAUCCAUUGUCCGACUGAAAUGUUACGAACAACGACCGCUCCAUACCCGUUUAUGCGAUGGGCAAUGGAUAUCAUAGGACCCCUUCCCUGCUCCCGCCAAAGACGCUUCAUUCUCGACCUCACCGACUACUUCAUCAAAUGGAUCGAAGCCGAAGCCUACGCCCAAGUCACAGACAGAGAAGUCCGCGGCUUUGUCUGGAAGAACAUUAUCUGCCGCCACGGUUUACCUUAUGAAAUCGUUACUGAUAAUGGAUCACAGUUCAUGUCGGGCAACUUCAAGGAGUUCUGCAGCAAAUGGAACAUCCGACUAAGCCCUUCCACUCCUCGCUACCCGCAAGGUAAUGGCCAAGCAGAAUCCUCCGACAAACUCAUCAUCGACGGCAUUAAGAAACGUUUGGACCUGAAAAAGGGUCAUUGGGCCAACGAACUCGACGGAGUCCUAUGGAGCCAUCGCACAACAACAAGAGGAUCGACUAAAUCGACACAUUUUGUCCCUCGCCUACGGCGUAGAGGCCAUGGCUCCCGCUGA